AUAGGACUGAAAGUGAAAGAUAGUGAUGAUGAGUGAAACAACCAUCAAUUAGUUGUUCACCAUCUUAUUUUGGCCAGUUCACUCUGUAGAAAGGGACAAAAGACAACUCUUCUGUGGAAAGUUACUGCAUAAUUCGCCUGAGCCACAUGGUUCCUUUGAGCACAAGUUGCUAGAGAACUGUGAAAUUACAUCAGUUUGGUUUUUCAACUCUAACUACUUUCUAGGUGUUAUCUUGACAUGCAGAGAUGUCUACAACACUGGGAGAGCUGGAAAAAAUGGAGAGAAAUAUGCUGAAGAAAUCUAGAUAUAAGUACCUUUACUUGCCAAAAUGCUGUGCACAAACUGUUUUAUUCCUAACAGGAUGAAAAAGCUCUCACGAGCCUAAAUUGCAAUUAGAAAUAUUUUAGAUUCCUACAAGCUUCUCUGUGGACUUUGAAAUAACAGGUAAAUAGAUAUGGAAGAGUAAAGUGUUAUCUGCAGUACACGCAGUUUAGGUACAGAUUCAUUUCUGAAAACCAGCAGUUCAAUAAGUCGUGUAGGCUGCUGAAAGAUUCAUUAAUCUUUAAAUAUGAGUUUGUUCAUUUUGUAUUCUAUUGGGGAUUAUUUAGUGCAUUUCAUGUACUACAUCUGAAAAGUGCUUUACUGAGUGAUAAAUGAUUUUUGCUGAGCCCUGUGAAUGCAAAGCUAAAAACUUCACUCAAACAUUCACACAUUAAAAAGUUAUUUAUUACAUUGGAAUCUACCUGCUUGGGAUAAUGGAAAAAGAUUAGUGAUGCGUGAUGUAAUUGUAUGUGUUCUUUAAUGGUAUAUCUGGCAAAUGUGAGCUGAACAGUAAUAAUUACCUUCGCAGUGAGAUCUGUUUUCCCAGAGAUUGAGAGAACAUGAUUAUUUUGCCAAUAGAAUAGGUUGUAAAAAAAUUCAGACAGGGUUGAAGAAAAACAUUAGCUUUUUUCUGUUUUAUUAUUAUGAUGGCUUACUCUAUGUGUUUGUGUGUUAAAAUAAGGUGACUCACAGACAAUACCCCACCUCCUCACAUUUUGACAGUAUCACUUUAAAGGGAGCAAGAAUGACUGAAAACAUAUACUUGCAUCUUCAGUAAAUGUUGCUGAAACGGGGAACAGGGAGGGCUAUGUGCCAACAAUAGCCAGGAGUGAGUUCCACCAGCUUAAACACAGGUGUGACCCUAUCUGCAAAGGUCUAACUUAGCCUUAGUAAUACAUGCCCUGGUCAUGUCCAGGCAUGACUAUUAUAAUUAGCUCUAUAUGCGGCUGCCUUUAAUGACUGCUCAGAAAGUUCAGCAGGUGCAAAAUGCAGCCACCACAAUCCUGACUGGAGGAGGCAUUGUUGAUAAGGAUCUUCGUCGCUACCUCAAUUUACGGUUCCAGAAGGGUUCAGUGGAUCAUGAGCUCCAGCAGAUAAUCAGAGACAAUCUCUACCUCCGAACAGUGCCAUGCACUACAAGGCCUCAUAAGGAGGGGGAAGUCCCUGGUGUGGAUUAUAUUUUCAUCACUGUUGAAGAUUUUAUGGAACUAGAGAAAAGUGGUGCUCUUUUAGAAAGUGGAACAUAUGAAGACAACUACUACGGUACUCCAAAGCCUCCAGCAGAGCCAACCCCAUUACUGUUAAAUGUAACAGACCAGUUACUCCCUGGUGCAACACCCAGCGCAGAAGGCAAACGCAAAAGAAAUAAGUCGGUGAGCAAUAUGGAGAAGACUGGAAUAGAGCCUCCAGAGGAAGAGGAGGAAGAAAGGGCUGUCGUCAAUGGAAAUGACAUGGCAAUAACACCAGAAUCAAGUGAACAUGAAGAGAAGAGUACAGGUGCCUCAGGUGAAACUUCCUCGCAGCCUUAUCCUGCACCCGUAUAUAGCCAACCUGAAGAGGUAAAGGAGGAUAUGGAUGUAUCAAAGCAACCAAAACUGGAAGAAAAUGAUGAAUUGGGCCCAUUGCCUGACAAUUGGGAAAUGGCUUACACAGAGAAGGGAGAAGUCUACUUUAUUGACCAUAACACAAAGACAACAUCAUGGCUCGAUCCACGACUUGCGAAAAAGGCUAAACCUCCCGAAGAGUGCAAAGAAAAUGAUCUUAAACUAAUGGGUUGGAUCCAAAGGUUCCCUUCUUCCAACGGAGGAAGCUUUCCUCUGACAGAGGAAGAGAAUAAAGAGCUACCAUAUGGCUGGGAGAAAAUUGAUGAUCCCAUUUAUGGCACUUAUUAUGUUGACCACAUAAAUAGGAGAACACAAUUUGAAAAUCCUGUUUUGGAAGCAAAAAGGAAGUUACAACAGCGUACCAUGCCCAACACAGAACUAGGAACCAAGCCUAUGCCGGCCCAAGGUUUCCGAGUAGAAAGCUCCUCAUCAACAUUACCUAGGCCCAAACAUGUUCACCCGCGCCCUGCUCCUCAGAGGUCUCGCAGUGUGAGUGACCUGACUCAGUGUCGGUGGGACAUUGCCGGAGUGUACAGGCUGUAUGAAAAACCGCUCUUCACCCGUGAUGCCUCACAACUGAAGGGGACUUUCCUCAGCACGACUCUUAAAAAAAGCAAUAUGGGCUUUGGAUUUACCAUCAUUGGUGGGGAUGAGCCUGAUGAGUUUCUCCAGGUGAAGAGUGUCAUUCCUGAUGGGCCUGCAGCACAGGAUGCCAAAAUGGAAACAGGUGAUGUCAUUGUCUAUAUUAAUGAAGUUUGUGUCCUUGGGCAUACUCACGCAGAUGUAGUCAAACUCUUCCAGUCUGUUCCCAUUGGUCAGAGUGUCAACCUGGUGCUAUGUCGUGGAUACCCUCUGCCCUUUGAUCCUGAAGAUCCUGCCAACAGCAUGGUGCCACCACUUGCAGUCAUGGAGAGGCCUCCAGUAGUAGUAAAUGGAAGACAUAACUAUGAAACUUAUUUGGAAUACAUUUCUAGAACUUCUCAGUCUGUUCCAGAUGUAACAGAUCGGCCACCACAUUCCUUGCACUCCAUUCCAGCAGAUAGUCAGCUUGAUAGCACAUUCCCACCACCCCUUCAUGAUGAUAAUGUAUCAAUGGCUUCUUCUGGGGCCACGCAAGCUGAACUCAUGACCUUAACCAUUGUGAAAGGGGCCCAGGGCUUUGGCUUCACUAUAGCAGACAGUCCCACAGGACAGAGAGUGAAGCAAAUUCUAGACAUUCAGGGGUGCCCUGGUUUAUGUGAAGGUGACCUCAUUGUUGAGAUCAACCAGCAGAAUGUACAGAACAUGAGCCAUGCAGAAGUAGUGGAUAUACUUAAAGAAUGUCCAGUUGGAAGUGAGACUUCUUUGAUUAUCCAUAGAGGAGGAUUCUUUUCACCAUGGAAGACUCCAAAACCUAUGAUGGAACGAUGGGAGAAUCAAGGCAGUCCACAGACAAGUUUAUCUGCUCCAGCUAUACCACAGAACAUUCCCUUUCCACCCACCCUUCACAGGAGCUCUUUUCCUGAUUCAACAGAGGCCUUUGACCCAAGGAAACCUGACCCAUAUGAGCUGUAUGAGAAAUCACGAGCUAUUUAUGAAAGUAGGCAGCAAGUGCCGCCCAGGACUGGUUUUCGAAUGGAUUCCUCAGGUCCAGAUUACAAGGAGUUGGAUGUUCAUCUUAGGAGAAUGGAAUCUGGAUUUGGCUUCAGAAUUCUUGGAGGAGAUGAACCUGGACAGCCAAUUUUAAUUGGAGCAGUAAUUGCCAUGGGCUCAGCAGACAGGGAUGGCCGUCUACAUCCUGGUGAUGAGUUGGUCUAUGUAGAUGGAAUUCCAGUGGCUGGCAAAACCCACCGAUACGUGAUUGAUCUCAUGCAUAAUGCAGCUCGAAAUGGGCAAGUGAAUCUAACUGUGAGAAGAAAGGUGCUACCCACAGGAGAACCGUGUCCAGAGAAUGGUAGAAGUCCAGGCUCUGUGUCCACACACCACAGUUCUCCAAGAAGUGACUAUGCCACAUAUGCUAACAGCAAUCAUGCUGGAUCAAGUAGCAAUGCUACACCCCCAGAGGGCUUUGCUUCGCACAGCUUGCAAACAAGUGAUGUUGUCAUCCAUCGCAAAGAGAAUGAAGGAUUUGGCUUCGUUAUCAUUAGCUCUCUGAACAGGCCUGAAUCUGGAUCUACAAUAACUGUACCCCAUAAAAUAGGCCGGAUAAUUGAUGGAAGUCCUGCUGAUCGCUGUGCGAAGCUAAAAGUCGGAGACCGGAUCUUAGCUGUGAAUGGCCAGUCUAUUAUUAACAUGCCUCAUGCAGAUAUUGUGAAGCUAAUUAAAGAUGCUGGUCUUAGUGUAACUCUUCGCAUCAUUCCUCAGGAGGAACUGAACAGCCCAGCUUCCGCACCCAGCUCAGAGAAGCAGAGUCCCAUGGCACAACAGCAUAGCCCAAUGGCUCAGCAAAGCCCCCUAUCACAGCAGAGCCCUGUAACACAGCCGGCACCUCCACAGCCACUCCAACCUCAAGGCCAUGAAAACAGUUAUAGGUCGGAAGUAAAAGCAAGGCAGGAUGUGAAACCCGACAUCCGACAACCUCCAUUUACAGACUAUAGGCAGCCUUCAACGGAUUAUAGGCAGCCUCCAUUAGACUACAGGCAUCCUCCAGUAUUGGAUUACCAGCAACCGCCGUCUCUGGACUACCGGCAGCCCCCUUUGAUAGACUACAGGCAACAUUCUCCUGACACCAGGCAAUACCCUUUAUCAGAUUACAGACAGCCCCAGGAUUUUGAUUAUUUUACUGUGGACAUGGAGAAGGGAGCCAAAGGAUUUGGAUUCAGUAUUCGAGGAGGAAGAGAGUACAAAAUGGAUCUCUAUGUGUUGAGGUUGGCAGAAGAUGGGCCAGCAAUAAGAAAUGGAAGAAUGAGGGUGGGGGAUCAAAUAAUUGAAAUUAAUGGGGAAAGCACAAGGGACAUGACACAUGCCAGAGCAAUAGAACUCAUCAAAUCCGGUGGCAGGAGAGUGCGGUUGCUAUUGAAGCGCGGAACCGGGCAGGUCCCAGAAUAUGACGAACCAAACUCCUGGAGUUCUCCCACUGCCACCUCCCCAGGUCUGCCGGAAGUAACAAUUUCCCUUGAUGACAUUGUCUCACCAUUAUCUUCAUCACAUCUAGCCCAACCCUCUGACCCUUCCCAUCAGAUAAACCCAGAAUCAACAUGGGAUAUCAAGAGGGAACAUGAUGUAAGAAAACCAAAGGAGCUUUCAGCAAAUGGCCACAAAAAGAAAAGGCUAGGUGAGCAGAGAGAGAGGUCUGCAAGUCCUAAAAAGAUAGACAGGUCAAAGCACGAAGAGGCUUCUAGGAAAGAAGGCAAGAGUAAGGCUGGUGAUAGCAGCAGGCCGGCAUCAGAAAGUAAGGCAGGUGGACUGAACACAAUGGCUGAGACUGGGGUACGAGAUUAUGGGUAUACUGGAACCAAUGAUGAACUGCCUGGGAGAUCCAAGUGGCUGGAAAGCAAAACAGGAGGCUCUCUCAGUAUAAAAGAUCACAGUGCCACAGAGAAGUUGGCUGCAGCUUCUGAACACGUCAAGCUUGACUCCAUUGGUGCUACAAUGACGUACAGUAGCAAUAGCUGCAGCUCUCAUGGAAGCGACACAGAUCACAGCCAGAAGGAAUCUGAACAGAAGCCCAUUGCGUUCCCACGGAAGGGACAGAUCCAUUCCAUUAAUACGCGCAGCACCAACACUACCGCUCGGAAGGCAACUGUCUCACCAGGACCAUGGAAGAUUCCUGGUUCUGAUAAGCUACCUGGUGUACUAAAAUCUGGCACUUCAGCUAUGAGCAGAUAAAUCACUGACUGUUGCCUCCUAACUGCUUCAUGGUGAUGCAGAACAUCCUUCUUAGUGUCUGUCUCACAUUGAUUUAAUUUAUUUUAACUGUCACACACAUACACACUCAAAACAUUGAGAAAUGGAAACAAUAAUGUAUAAUUCCAUGACAACGUGCAUAGUGUCUUAAUAAGUUGAAGCAACAUAUAGUCACACAGUAUUUAAAUGUGACCCUGAAGUCCCCCAGUUUCAUUUCAGAGACUUUGGCAGCUAUGGAAGAAACCAAAAUAAUAUGAAGGACCCUCAACCACAAGGACAGUGCAGUGUAGCUUUAGUAUGUUGUUUUCCACUGCAUGAAGGACUUUGGAUUUUCAUUCAAACUUUAUAUCAAGAAACUGGAAGAAGUUCGAGCAAUCACAAACUGGAACAUCGCCUUAAAUAAAACUGCACGGAACAAGCUAAAGUGGAAUUAGAAUCUUUUAUCUGAGUUUAAUGUUGUAAAUAAAUUGUUCUCAACAUAUCCAGACAGGGGUUUGAAGCAUUUGAAAUUGUAUAUCCAUGACAUGUCUCCACUGUUAAUACAUUGGAAGAGAUCACCCAAAACCAGUAGCAUAAAUUCAUUAUGCAAGGUGAGGAAUCCUCAUGGAUUAGCUGGUGCAAUAUCAUUUCUACUGCCAUUUUUUUGUGAACAACCAUAUUUCUGUAGGGUGGAAUUGUAUCCGCAAACCUAGCCUCAAAAAGCAAUUUGCCACAGGUUAUUCCCCCCACCCACACACACAGCCAUACACACUUCUGAGCAAGGAGAAAUGUAAUGUUCAGCUGCCUCACCACCAUGAUGAGAGGGUGAUUCCUGAAAGACUGAAAAAUGCAGUUUCCUUUCAAAAAGCCUCCAUCUCCUGCAGGAACGAAUAACUGCCUCAGCCUUGUAUAACUCUCUUUUAAUAUGGCUAUCUUUGAGUUCUAGUCUUCCAUCACACUCUAAGAAAUUCCAAGACUGAGCUAAAAAAAAAAGUCUCAUUCAUUACAUAAAGUCAUAUUUUGAUCAGGCAUCCAGCUCUUAUCUUACUUCCAUAUUUUUAUUUAUAACUUUCUUGCUCUUAACGUUCAAAUCUUAAGUGCCAUGAGAACAUUUCAGGCCCCGCCAAUGAAGUACAGCUUCUUCAAUGGGCUCCAUUAAUCUUCUUUUUAUCCCUAAGAGGUUUGGUAUUUAGCCAGCAGCAGCAAUACAAACAACAGCAACUAAGUAAUAAUUUUUUUAAAAAAAGAAAUCAGAAAGAUGAUAAAUACUUAGGGAUAUAUUUAGCAAACUCUCACGUGACCUUGAAAUACAUUACUCGAUGACGGAGCAAAAUCUUGUUGCUGUUUAAGGUCAGUGGAAGUUUUGAUUUGGAGAAAUGUGAGGAGGUGAUGGGGUAUUAGCCAUUCAUAUGCCAUGUGGUGCAAGAGAACAGCAUCUUGCUAGGUGUCCCAGGUCAUUUGUCAGAGAGAGCCAUUUGAGAUCAUUUUUCCUCCAGGAGAUAUGGAGCCAUCAUUCUAUCAUAGUUGAAAAAGACAAAAGAAAGGAUUUUGCACCUUUGAAACAAAAUGCUUAUUUUGAGAACUAGGCCCAUUAUAAUUUUUUAAGAAAGCACAAAGAUAUGAAGCUGUUUACAAAAUAUAUAUAUAUAGUUUUUAAUUAAGAAAUUAGAGAUAUAUCUUUAUCCUUCAACCUAGACAUUUGGCAUAAUUCGCUAUUAAUUUAUUAAAUCUGGAUUUUGGUCAGUACUUCCCUAAUAUAAAUGGAAAUGGACAUCCAGUUAUAUUAUUUCCUUUGUAUAAUGAACAGAAACAAACAGCAAUGGAAAAAGAUUUAGAUUAUGCUUGCAUAAACUCCAGUUUGCACAGCGCCCAGCAAAUCCUCGUGCAGUAAUUGCUUUAUGCGGUUGUAAUUGAUAACCUGUGAAGACAGCACAUCAUCUAAACCCCAUUCCAAAUAAUAUUUCUGUGUAGUGUUAGCUGUGAAUUUAUCUUGUACAGCUCUAUCCCUAUAAAUAUAAUUCCAUGUAUUAAUAGUCACAGAAAGGCUGUAAGUGAGCAACUAUUUUUAUGAAACGCACCACUAUGGAUAAAUUAACUUUUACAGAAAUCUUGUUUACUGUAUGAUAUUCUAAACCACCUAAAUAAAAUAUAUAU